AUGAAUUGGGUUUCAUCGCGAAAUGAUACAGACUGUCUACGGUCGACCGAGGUUGUGAAGAGUCCCUCGGAACGCCAACUGCCACCACUUCCGGUCGAACCAGUCUCGGAUCUCGAGGGUCGGCCGAAUCGUGCGUUCGGCGACGAGCGCAGCCACGAAUCUGGUCGGGCCGACGGAUCGCCUCCGAGGCCGGGCCGAUCAGAGCCGGACUGGCGCCAACGAGUGGCCGACUCGACCUCCGCUGCCACGACUGACCUGUUGCUGAGGCGCGUCAACUGCGAUCCUCGACUGCCGGUCGUCACGUCGUGUCGCCACUGCCUCCUCGGAGAGGGGCCGGGAGCGGAGGCUGCCUUGGAGACCGGCCAUAGCAACUCAACAGCAGGUAAGCCCAGCCCAUGUGCAUACGGUUCGACAGCAUUUUAUGCCUCACGCUACCGGCAGUCACAAAGCACGCGUAUGUGCUUCUUCUACCAGAAAGUCUACACACUUGCGCAAAGUCUUAAUCAUACCAAGUGA